AUGGAAUUCAGGCCGGCCCGGGGCUCCCCGCCAUUCCCCCGCCGUCUCCGGCCCUUUGAGGCGCUGCCUGCCCCCCGCUCAGUGGCCCCAGUGACCGCUCAGCAAACACCGCGUGCUUUCCGUGCGGCGGCCACGGCGAGCGGCUCGCAAACAGCGCAUCAGGACAGAAAUAAAAACAAAGCGAUGGAGACUGAAGCUUCAGAAAAUCCUCAGUUGUCUGACAAAACAGACUUGGCUCCUUCUGAGGACUCGCAGUCCCUUUCCAAGACUGAACCACUGGAAAAGGUUUUAAAUGAGACGAGCAAAGAAAUUACUAACUUGUUAUCAAAAUAUGCCAACAUUAUAAGUACAAGAACAGCGUUGGAUUCUUCUUAUGUCCAGGAACUUGAUGAGAUCUUAAAAGAAGCCAAGGCCAUAGAAAACCACUUAAAGCAGAAGAGGGAGAUGCUGAAACAGAGAUUCACUGUCAUUGCUAACACUCUGCAAAGCUAAAUGGAGUUUGUUAUAGAAAUGCAGAGCCAAAGCUGUGUUUGUGUAUGAACACAAACUCUGAUGAGUGUUGUGAUGUCUGUUUUUUGUAUAAAUAUUUGUCAGUUUUGGGAAACUUCCAACAAGUUAAGCAGCUCCUCAGUGUUUAGAUACAUAGUGUAGUUAGUAAAAACUGUUCUGAAUAUCUGUUUUAAAUCCUGUGACUCAAGGGAUUAAGACAUUAAGCCAUGUUAACCCAUUAAACAUAGCAAAAAAAAUAAAUUCUGUGAAAGAGAAAUUUAUGAUGUAAGUAGAAAAUUACCUCAGAUUAUUUAAUGUUAACCAUUUUCUGGUUAUGGUUUUUUUUUUCAUUUCAACUUUAAAAAAUACUUUUGUGCUAAAAUCUUAGUAGAAUACAUUUGCAAUGUUAUUUCCAUUUUGCCUCAGAAUGUAAACAGGCUGAAAAGAUCAGCAUAGAAAUAAGAGGGUUCUAUAAAGAACUUUGAGAAAGUGUAAAAUCUUAAUUUGAAAUGCAUUGUCAUACUGGUAUAUGUGUUAGAUUUCAAGGCCCUGUUGAUAUAAACCAUAAUCAAAGCUUUGCUGUUGAUAUCAAUAAAUAACUAGAUAAAGUUAACAUGAUCUAGAAUUACAGUGUUAUUUUGUUACCUGGCUACA